UACCACCCAUAUUAUGUUGCAUCUGCAUCCCCACGUUCGGCGGGGGCCCCGACAUAUUGGGAGGCGGCAUUGCUAGAUUAGGCGGUAUCGCCAGAUUAGGCGGUGGUUGCGAAAAUUCCAUCAUUUUAAAUUAAUACGGUUGAAUACGCGCCCGAAAAUAUUGAACUACACAGAAUAAAAAAUAAAAUUAAAAAAAUCAAUCUUUUCUUGUUGAUCACCACUUAGCAGUAGUGGCCAUUUUGGAAGCAAUCAUUUCGGAGGAUUUUUUGGAGGUUUUCAACAUUUGAUGAACAACUGGGUUAAUUUAUCGUAAUUUUUUGCUUACAAUGAGUGUCUAUUACAGUUAUUCUAUUAUUUUAAAAGCCUUUUAAGUUUUUAUUUGGAUUAUUUCUUUAAUUUUAAUCACAACAACAGGGCACACGCUUUCUAGGCUUUUGUCAUUUUUUUUUUGACAUUGACAGUACACAUGACAAAAAAAAUGACAUUUAUUUUGAUUGACACUUCAACGUUGUCAGACUUUCGCAUUCGGGAAAAUGAAAUAAACGUGUGACGUCACCCUACUUGAAUUUUAAUUCUAACCACCCUUUUUUUGUGUUCAUUUUGCUCGUCUCGUCUUUUAACAGUUAACACAUGGGUAAAAAAAGUAAAGGGGCCCAAUCAGGAGGCCCCUCUUUGGGGCGCUCCCUAAUCAAAGACAGGUUCGGAAGUAAUCGAGGCAAGAAAAUGGUGUCCAACAAUUCUAUGCUUCACACAACUGAACUAGCAGACGGCUACGAAUGGGGCCGACUAAAUUUACAAUCUGUAACUGAAGAAUCGUCGUUUCAAGAAUUCCUUUCCACUGCUGAACUAGCUGGUACUGAAUUUCAAGCUGAAAAGUUAAACAUCAGAUUCAUCAAUCCACGUUCCAAUGUCGGACUAUUGACGGAAGAUGAAAUGAAAAAAACCAGUGAUGCCCAUGAGAAAUUCAAGGAGUCACUGAAAAUUCCUAGAAGGCCUCCGUGGACCACAGACAUGUCACCUUCAGAGCUAGAUAGAAAUGAAAAAGACUGUUUUCUAGAAUGGCGACGAUCAUUGGCAAAUUUGCAAGAAGACGAAGGACUAUUAUUAACCCCAUAUGAGAAGAAUUUGGAAUUUUGGAGGCAAUUGUGGAGAGUUGUUGAAAGAAGUGACGUUGUAGUCCAAAUAGUUGACGGAAGAAACCCAUUAUUGUUUCGUUGUGAAGAUUUGGAAAAAUAUGUCAAAGAAGUAUCACAAAAUAAGACAAACCUGAUUUUAGUAAACAAGGCUGAUUUUUUAACUGAAGCUCAACGGCAAUAUUGGGCAGAAUAUUUUCAAAAUUUGGGCCUCAAGGCAGUGUUUUAUUCGGCAAUGGAACAAUCAGAAAAAACAAUUGAGGAAGAAGAAGAAGAAACUGAUAUAAACAAAAUUAAGGAAAAUAUUUCAGAUUUGGCUGAAUCAGUUGAACAAAAUGCUGAUGCUUUAGAAACAAUUAUAAAUAAAAUUGAUUGUUUAAUUGGAAAUUCAAAUUUACGAGAGGAAGUUGGCAAUUUGAUGGAUAGAAAUUCUUCAGAAAUUUUGACUAGAGAUGAGCUGAUAGAUCUUUUUAAAAUAAUACAUAAAGGUCCUAAAGUUACUGAAGGCAUCACUACAAUUGGCUUAGUUGGAUACCCAAAUGUAGGCAAAAGCUCCACAAUAAAUUCCCUAAUGUUAGCCAAAAAAGUUUCAGUUUCAGCUACACCAGGCAAAACAAAACAUUUCCAAACUUUAUACCUUGACAAAGACAUUCUAUUAUGCGAUUGCCCUGGUUUAGUUAUGCCCAGUUUCGUUUUUACCAAAGCAGAAAUGAUUUUGAAUGGAAUUUUGCCCAUAGAUCAAAUGAGAGAUCACGUACCGCCAGUUAACUUGGUGACCAAACUUAUUCCAAGGCAUGUCGUUGAGGAUAAAUAUGGAAUUAUGUUGCCUAAACCUUUAGAAGGUGAAGAUCCUGAUAGAAGCCCCACUGCUGAGGAAUUGUUAAAUGCUUAUGCAUAUAAUCGAGGUUUUAUGACUGCAAAUGGGCAGCCAGACAAUGCCAGGGCAGCAAGGUAUGUUUUAAAAGACUAUAUGAAUGGGAAACUAUUGUAUUGUCAUGCUCCAACGACAGUGAAGCAAGAAACUUUCCAUACAUGGCCUGAAAGACAAAAGAUUCCUCUGGAGAAUAGAGUGGUACCGCCUAGGGAAGCUCGAGCUGUUAGGACUUUAAAAACUACCACGGAUGAUAUAGAUAAAGUAUUUUUCAAUGAAAAAACUCAAGGGGCUCAUGCUAAAGGGGUUGAAGGAAAAGCUGCAGGUGUUCCAGUUCAAGGAGAAGCUUCUGGAAGUUUGACAGCCAAACCAUGGAAAGAAGCUAAUAAACAUCGCAAUAAGAAAAAAAAGGAAAAAUUGAGGAGAGUCUACGCCCACUUGGAUCAACAUUAAUAAUUAAAAUAAUUGUGUAAUAAAAUAUUUCAUAUUUAGGCGUACCUACAUACAUUUUGUUAAUUAAUUAUAAGUUCUUACAACACUUUCUGUUAAGAUAAUAUAAUAAAUUUAAUAAUAAUAUUAGAUAUUAUAGGUAUUGAUGUUUUAUUUAAUUUAUGCUUUUAGGAAAAUUUCAGAAAAGGGAUACGCACUUACUUACCUCUAUUGGUAUUAUUUACCUACUUCAAAAAAACAAAAAUUUGAAAAGUAUGUUAAACAAAACUAAAUACAUAUUUUACAUUUAAAAAAAAAAGUAUUAUUUGAAAAGAGUUGCAUGUGGAUACUUUAAAAAUAUAGGCCCUUUCCUCAAAAAAUUAUAAUUUAAUUAAAAACAAUACUAUGCAAUAUAGGUCUUUGGCACUUUUCUUCAAAAGUAUGCAGCACCUCUUCAAUGUCGUUGUCCAAAUCUUCAGCUGUAGCAAUCUGUGAAAAAAUAUUUUUUAAUUAAAUUGGCACUGCUUAUUCUUGUUGGCACAGUCAAUAGAUGAAUACUUACAUGCAUACACAAAUCGCUGAUCAAAAAAGCCCCGAUAGUGGCUUCCUCUAAAUUAUCUUGAAUGUCAAUAUUAAUUACGUGGACAAUUGAAUUGUCUGAAGGCUCUUUGUUUUCCAUAUACUCUAGAACCUGAUCGUAGACUCGUUCUUCGCAAGUAAUGAGAAUAUCAAAUUUUUCUGUGGUGUCUUGAAACUUUUGCGGAUGGGAUUUGAUUCUGCGGUUCCUAUCCAGGGUGUGAAGUAAUCCGUUUUGGGUGUACAAAGAUUUGUCUUUUUCAGCCAAAUCGUUAUAAAUGUGGUCGUAAGACGUGCCGAAAUCGUAGACGUUGGGUCGGUCAGCGGCGGAGCCUGGAAUUUUUACUUUGUCCCCAGUACCAAAUGACUGUACCAGGAAGCCUUUUUUAGCUAAAAAAGCGUGAGCCUCCAUGCUUCUGUUCAUGUUGCUAGAGCAUAUCACGGCUAUCCUCAAGUCGCUUACAAUAGACAUUAUAUGUCUUUAAGUAUUUUUAUUAAAAUAAUAAAUAAUGCAAUAAUUGAAGUACCUAUACCUAUUAGUUUUUUAUUUAUAUUUUUAAGGGGAAGAAUGAAAAAAAGUUAAAAAUAUUUUUGUUAGUUGUUAUGUAUGGUCUUUAUGGAAGAUGAGAUAAUGAGGUUAAAAUUUGCG